UUACGAGGAUCGGAGCUAGCUCAGAAGAAAUGGCACCGGUCGGACUCCCUCCUGGUUUUAGGUUCCACCCAACAGACGAAGAGCUUGUCAAUUAUUAUCUCAAGAGGAAAAUCAACGGCCAAGAGAUCGAACUCGACAUUAUUCCUGAGGUUGAUCUCUACAAAUGUGAACCUUGGGAGUUAGCAGAAAAAUCAUUCUUGCCCAGUAGAGACCCAGAAUGGUACUUCUUUGGACCUCGGGACCGAAAAUACCCAAAUGGGUUCAGAACAAAUAGAGCGACUCGAGCCGGAUAUUGGAAGUCUACCGGAAAGGACAGGAGGGUUACAUGCCAGAGCCGACCCAUUGGAAUGAAGAAGACGUUGGUUUACUACAGAGGGCGAGCUCCUCAGGGGAUUAGAACCGAUUGGGUCAUGCAUGAAUAUCGCCUUGACGACAAAGAGUUUGAGGACACCUCCGGAAUUCAGGAUACAUAUGCACUUUGUCGUGUGUUCAAGAAAAAUGGAAUCUGCUCUGAAAUUGAUCAAGAGCAAGGGCAAUGCAGUAUAUCAUUACUGGAGGGCUCGCAAGGUGUAAUCAAUGAUUAUGAAACCAUGUCACCGGAUGUUACCAUGGCAUCAUCAUGCAUGGAUGAGGAAGAUAAAGAUGACUCAUGGAUGCAGUUCAUCACAGACGAUGCAUGGUGUUCUUCUAGCGCAGCCAUGGGUGGUGGUGGUGGUGGUGAAGAAGUCUCCGGCCGCAUGGCAUUCACAAACUAAAGAUUAAUAGCAUGAUCGAUUGGUGGCGAAUAACAUAUAAACUGGAUAUAUCUUUUUAUAUAAUAAUUAAUAAGACACUUUUUGCAAAUCAAUUUUCGUAAUUUGUAGAUUAAUUAUCUUUAAUUGGAUAUGAUGGUUUGGUUGGGUUGCUUCACUACGUAGGGUCAUAUUAUAUAUCAUCAAUGACUCUAUGGAUUUUAUUUUUUAUUUUUUUAAAUUUUUUUUUUUUUAUAUAUAUUUUAACCUCUUCUUGGAGGCGUUUUGGAUGUUACUUGUGGAAUAAAAGGACAAUAAUUGAGAUCAUUGUUUUUGUUA